AUGCAGUUCACCAUCUCCGCCGCUGCCCUCAUGGCCUUCGCCGCUAAGGCCCUCGCCCAGGUCGCCGACUUCGACCCCGUUCUCACUCCCACCAACUGGGAGGAGGUCUCCGCUGGCACCACCCUCGACAUCACCUGGCAGGCCAAGCCCAAGUACUCCGGCGAGAAGAUCUCCAUCUCUCUCAUCGGUGGUGCUACCCAGAACACCCAGGUCCCCAUCAAGACCAUUGCCACUGGCAUUGACAACGACGCUGCUUCCUACAGCUGGGCCAUUGACUCCACCCUCGGAACCGAGAACGUCUACGGUCUCGUCCUGAAGCUCGAGAGCAACCCCGAGGUUUUCCAGUACUCUUUCCCCUUCAAGAUUGAGGGUGGCAAGAAGUCCGAGGAGAAGCCCUCUCAGACCAAGAACGACUACGAGGUCCCCUCCUCCGUCGCCCCCAAGCCUACCAAGCCCGCUUACCCCGUCCCUGAGACCACCGUCGUUGCUGUUUCCGAGACCGUCACCGUCCCUUGCAACAACACUGCUGGUUCUCCCACCACCUUUGUCCCCGUUGUCAAGACUCACUACCCUGCUCCUCCUGCUCCCCCUGCCCACAACGGCACUACUCCCAACCCUCCCGUCUACACCCACCCUGCCCAGCCUCCUGUUGUUCCUACUCAGCCCGCUGGCAAGCCUCCCGUCUACGGCCAGCCCACCCCUACUCCCGUCCCCGUCUCUGGUGCUGCCCGCUUCGGCGCUCCCAUUGCCGUGGUUGCUGGUCUCGUCAUGGCCGCUUUCGCUCUGUAA